AGGAGGAGGUGCCCGAGGGGGGCGGGGAGGGGGCAACAUGGCGGCUCCGUAUUAACUUCCCCCCCCUCGGCAGCCAGCGCUGCCGCCGCUCUCCCCCGCUCCCAGCCCCGGCAUGCCGGGCAUGAUGGAGAAGGGCGCGGAGCUCUUGGGGGGUAAGAGCCGGGCAGCCCCCAACGGCGCCAAGAGCAGCAGCCCCUCCAACGGGCACUACUCGGAGCCGGAGAGCGGCGGCGGCGACAGUGGCGACGAGCACGAUGUAGGAAUGAGGGUCGGAGCGGAAUACCAGGCGCGCAUUCCUGACUUCGAGCCCGGUGCCACAAAAUACACUGAUAAAGAUAAUGGAGGGAUGCUUGUAUGGUCUCCAUAUCAUAAUAUUCCUGAUGCCAAGUUGGAUGAAUAUAUAGCAAUAGCAAAGGAAAAACAUGGAUACAAUGUGGAACAGGCUCUCGGCAUGUUGUUCUGGCAUAAACACAAUAUUGAGAAGUCCCUUGCGGAUCUCCCUAACUUCACUCCUUUCCCUGAUGAAUGGACAGUUGAAGAUAAAGUCCUAUUUGAACAAGCAUUUAGCUUCCAUGGAAAGAGCUUUCACAGGAUCCAGCAAAUGCUCCCAGACAAGACCAUCGCAAGCCUUGUAAAAUAUUACUAUUCUUGGAAAAAAACUCGCUCUAGGACAAGUUUGAUGGAUCGCCAGGCUCGUAAACUAGCUAAUAGAAAUAAUCAAGGUGACAGUGAUGAUGACGUAGAAGAAUCUCAUCCAAUGGAUGGAAAUGAUAGUGAUUAUGAUCCCAAAAAAGAAGCCAAAAAGGAGGUAACAGAUAACUUAAUGGGCAAUAAUGAGCAGCCUGUUCAGACCAGCAAAAUAGGUCUGGGUAGAAGAGAGUAUCAGAGCUUGCAGCAUCGCCACCAUUCCCAGCGUUCCAAAUGCCGUCCACCAAAAGGCAUGUACCUGACCCAGGAAGAUGUGAUAGCUGUUUCCUGUAGUCCCAAUGCAGCCAACACAAUUCUUAGACAGCUGGAUAUGGAACUAAUCUCAUUAAAGCGACAGGUUCAAAAUGCUAAGCAAGUAAACAGUGCACUUAAACAGAAAAUGGAAGGCGGGAUUGAAGAAUUCAAACCUCCUGAGUCUAAUCAGAAAAUCAAUGCCCGUUGGACCACAGAAGAGCAGCUUCUUGCAGUACAAGGUGUCCGAAAAUAUGGUAAAGAUUUUCAAGCUAUUGCAGAUGUAAUUGGCAACAAGACUGUUGGCCAAGUGAAGAACUUCUUUGUAAACUACAGGCGUCGGUUUAACUUAGAGGAGGUAUUGCAGGAAUGGGAAGCGGAACAAGGAACCCUGGCUUCUAAUGGUGAUGCUUCUGCUUUAGGGGAGGACACAAAAAAUACUUCUAAUGUGCCAUCAGGAAAGAGCACUGAUGAAGAAGAUGAGGGGAGAAAAGACCAAGCCUUCACAGGGCAAGCCUUCACAGGUAUCAGACCAGUUUUCCAGAGGAGCGAGCUAAGAACUAGAAAUGGAACGACGUCAAUGACCACCUGUAUAAAAAUAUUUUUAUGCCGAAGACUUGUACAGCAGAACAAUGCCUACACUCCAGCCCUCCUCUUUAUGAAUAACUGUUGAAGGAAGCUAACUACUUAAAUGAAUAAAUGUUCAACACACCAAGAUUUUGUUUAACUGAUUUUUACUCUAUUUAUUUUAUUACAGUUCUUUAUAGUCAAGCAUCUAACUACAGGAAAGUAGUCUGGCAAAUCUAGAAAUAGAUAAUAUUGUAGGAGACUUAAAUGUAGUGUUGGGGUUUUUCGUGUGUGUGAAUUUUUUAAUUUUUUCUUUUUUUACCUUUUAGUGAAAGAAAAUUAUGGCUUUAGGUUCAGAAUGUUUGGCCCUGUUUAGAUAACAGUAGAAGCAUUUCACGUACUUGUGAAAUGUAGGUCUUCUCUCCAUGUUUUCCUCAGAACAUCUUAGCUUGUUUUAAAAGGUACUGGCUUAUUAAAUACUCCUCUUUCAGAGUAUUCUGAAGACUCAGUGAGCUAUUGUACCAAAUUUAUUAAAUCUCAUGCAUGUUCUACUCAUAGAAUUUAACUGGAAGCAGGUUUAACUGGAGUCCAGUUUCUUGCUGCAGUCUCAUCUUGUGGGCUGGGCAGGACAGAGUGGCAGCAGUUUCUGUCACCCAGAGGGAUGACAGGACAGGAACCAUCUAGCAAGAGGUAUUAAUUUAAUUUGUUAUUCCACUAAUUUUUCUAAUAUAAGUACAGUAGAAUUCCAUUCCUCUGAGAAUGACUGCCUGCAGUUCGUGUGUGUUAGAUCACUGAUAUCUUGCUUGAGCACUAAUGAGGGAAGUGUAGAGGCUGGUGGUGCUGGUAGUGUAUCAUGAGAGUAGUUACCUGCUACCCAACCCUGUCUUUUAAGUGUUAUCUCUUGGCUCCUGCUAUAUUUCUGGAUUACAUGAGGUGAAGGUAUUGGGGGAAGUACAAGGGUGUUUGUUUAUUUUAUUGACUCAGUAAAACCUGCAUAUAGAUAUUAAUAUUGCUUCCAAAUUACAAGAGUUUGAAAGAAAUCAUUUCACUGCGUUCCCAUCUGAAACCUUGAUUGAUGCCUAGUAGUCUUUAAGGGUGUGGGUUUUUUUGGUUUUUUUUUUUUGUAAAAGCAGAUACCUCUAACCUCCAAGUAAACCAGGCUCCAAAUAUGAGUAGCACUGUUUGAAACUGUGUGAUUUUAAUUAAGCUAUUGAAAAAUAAUGCAUUCUUGAUUAUGUAAUAAUAUUUAUGUUGACUGACGUACUAUUUCAAAAGGUUUUUUUGCUUGUAGCUGAAAUGGUGUCUAAAAGACUUUUUAACUCCAUUUUGUUUUUAACUAGAUUUGCCCUUGACUAAAAUGAGACUUUAUGCAAAUGGAAUGUGCUCUCCCUAGGAUUUUUUUCACAGAUAAAUUAGAUGGUCUAAUGAUCAGUUUAGCAGCUAAAUAAGGUCUUUCUUUUAUGUGCAAAGGGAAGUUCUUGUGCUAUCAGAUUCUAUUUAAUUUGAAAAUUAAUUUCUAGUAUUGAAGUUUGAUAGUUGUAACCUGAAUUGCAGUUGAAGUGUUGACCUUUAUGUUUUAGUUCUUCAUUUUAAAAUACUGUCAGAUCAAACUUGAGAGAUUUUUCUUUCUGAAGAGCUUUCACUGGUGUGCUGAGGUGUUGUACAAAAGGACUUUCUUACAAAUUUUAUUUUGCAUCAGAGUAGGUGCUUAGCCACUAUGUAAGUAUCAGAUGAUCCCAUGUCUAAGUAAAGCAGAACUUUAAAACAAGCACCAAGGAAUUAGUGGUCAUGGAAACUUGUGUUCUGGGAGUCAUGAGUCUUUAGCAUGCCCUCAUCAGCUGCACACAAAUCUGGCUGCUCUCUGGUCUUUAAAACGAAUAAAAAACCAAGAUGGUACAUUUUUACAAUUUAGUUGUUAACGGUGGUAAGAUUCAUCUUCAGAAUUUUUUCUUUCUUUUCUUUUUCUUUUUUUAUUUUUUUUUUAUUUUAAGCAUUGAGUCUCCCAGGUGUGUGUAUUGUACAUCUGCUAAUUUUUGUCUUGUCUUUUGUCAAUAGAAUUCAGUGUGCAGAAUGUUGGGUGUUACAGUACAGUUGGCCACCACCAACUGGUACGAAACUGUUCAGUACAUUGUAAUUCCGUUUAAUCUUGUUUGAAUAUUCUAUAACUGGGCAAAGGUGCUGUAUUUGAAGGGGGGAGGGAGGGUCAGAGAUAGGUAGGGUAGUAUUUCUUAAUUUACCUACACUGUAGCACACAGUAGGGAACUCCUAGCAUUUGUAGUACUAAAUAAGUAUGUACAUAGCAAAAUGUCUUUAUUGUGUGCUUUUCAGAAUAUGUGCAUACAGUUUGCACGUCCUGUUUUGGGGGGUAGGGUUUGUUUUAAGCAGUGUUUGCCUGGAGAGUGAUAUGCUUGCUGCUUAAUCAAAGGAUUAAAGUUUCAAAGAAAUCUGUGUCUUCUAUUUUUAUGUACCUUGUAAUGGUCUAAUAUGUUAGGGCCCUUAUACUGUGAUUCUCUUCUAAAUUCAUUUAUAUUUUUUUAAAAAUUAGAAAUAAAAUUAUACAAUGGUGUUGA